AUGUCACUUUUCGAGCCACAUGUAGAUGAUAAGCUUGAAUUUUCAUUCAUUUUAAAUGCAAGCUUGGAUAUAUUUGAUAUGCGACAGCAGCAUGCGUCUGUGGACCAGGAUCUGGGUCUACUCCACGCGCUGGAUGAAAGGCUCUCCGUCUAUGGAUGGUUAACCAACACGGGUGUGAAGUUUGCAAUUGUUGUAGACCUGGAAGGAAGAGUUUCAACACCUUCAUCAGAACGAGAAAGGUCUUUACCCGUUGUUGGGCUACGGGAUUCAGACUUAAAACCGGCAUUCCGGGCUCUACAAACUGCAUAUGUCAAGCUGUUACAGAACCCUUUCUACAAUCCAGAUGAGAAUGUUCUGGGGAAUGAAGCCCAAGGGCAAGCGAAGCCAACGGGCAUUUCCAGCCGCCAGUUUGUUAACGAGGUGAACCGCAUUGGCAAGACGUGGGCUCCCGGGACUACCGGUCUUUAG